ACCGGCAAAGAGUUGAGCAGCGGCCGGGAGCAGCGUUAGUUUGCCGGGCGCGAUGAACUUCUUACGGCCGCUCGUCCUGCGGGGUCUGGUCCGCUGCGGGGGGCCCCAUGUCCGGAUCGUGGAUCCCAGCAGGGCCCACUGCCCCUUCUACAGCACUGUGCCGUCGGGUCUCCAGGAGAGGACGCUCAUAGCUGUGAAGCCCGACGGGGUCCAGAGGCGACUGGUCGGCGAAGUCAUCAGACGCUUCGAGCGGCGCGGCUUCAAACUAGUGGGCAUGAAACUUCUGCAGGCAUCAGAAGUCAUCCUAGCUGAACAUUAUCAUGACCUUCGUAGAAAGCCCUUCUACCCUUCGCUCAUAAGAUAUAUGGCUUCAGGACCUGUGGUCGCCAUGGUCUGGGAGGGGAACAAUGUGGUAAAAUCCUCCCGGCUGAUGGUUGGAGACACGGACUCUGCGCAGGCCAAGCCGGGCACCAUUCGGGGGGACUAUAGCGUUCACAUCAGCAGGAACGUGAUUCAUGCCAGUGACUCUGCGGAAGUUGCUGAACGGGAAAUCAGCCUGUGGUUUAACAGCACCGAGCUGGUCAACUGGGAGACUUCAGAUCACGGCGACUUGUGUCAACUUUGACGUUCCUUUAUGGCCAC